AUUACUGUUCCUGAAAACGAUUGGCUGUGGCUCCGCGAUCGAUCCGGAAAAGUGUCGGAAAUCUUCAAUAUUAUGUAGUAAAAACAGGCGUUCGUGGUAGCACACGUGCCCCACUCGCGUUUGGUGGUAUUUCUGGAUCGGGGUCAAUUUGUUUUGGAGCAAAAAUCGCGACGGAAAAAUUCACAGUGACACCAGUGAAAAAUCUGAAAACCAACAAUGGCGGCGACCAUUUUUUCGUCGCUGUCUCCACCGCUGUGGGCGUUCGAAGCUGAAGCAUUUUUUGGUUUCGUUUACAGUGGCAGUUUGGGUCCGUCCUCGUCAAUUACGGAACGAAAAUUGGUUAACAAUUGAUUUCACUGUGGUUUUGAAAGGAGUGCUGAAUUUGUCAGAGGGUUAGGAGGGCAUAGUCCCUAUUGUGAUUGAAAAAGAUCAAUCCAAGUGUUUUACUCGAAACGUAGACAACCAAUGAAAACAGACUAAUAUGAAUACAAGUGUAAAUUAAGGAAUGGCGCUUGUUUGAAAACAACAGUGACAGUGGAAAAAGUUAAUUUCUGAAUAUUGUCGAGUGUUUACAUUGCGUCGUUCCGAACGGCAUAAUAGAGUGGUAAAAAAAAUCAUCAUUUCGAAAUUGAAUAAAGUGUAGCAUGGAUCCAGAGCAGAUAAUUGUUGAUGACGAUUUUGAUGAUGGGUCCACGGACGGAGGCUAUGGAGAUUAUGAUUUUAUGCAACAGGAACAAGAUGUAUUAACUGGAACUAAUCCACUAGACUAUCAAGCACAAUUCGUAUCGUGUAGCGUUCCGAACGCUUUUUCCGCUAAAUUCCAUCUCUGAAGUAGUGCUAAACAGCUUAACAAAAUAUACACCGUUAAACUAGAAGCGCUCUCACGCAACCGACUAGAAGAAAUCAACCCUUUCUCUCUUCCCCGUACCUUUCCCGUUUUGUUAGACGCAAUUCUAGAUCCUACCACCACUCCAAUAACUUGCCAGUCUUCACCCAUUGAGGAACCGCUGGAGCUGCCAUUACAGAUUACGGCAGCAUCGAGCGGUGGUAAUAGCAGUGGUGGCGUACAACGACAACCGCGUUCACUACAAGGACCGCCGUCCGGCCCACUAACAACAGUUCGAUCUGUAACGAUCCCCGUUGUUGGUCGGUACGGUCUUGGCGGAGGAAAACCCUCUGCCGCGGCGCUGCGUCGUGGCCCUGGGAGACCUAAAAAGGAUUUUAUACCGUUCGUAAAAAUGUCCACUACACCAACAGGCAGCGGCACUGGAGGUGGUACCUCACCGCACACGUCUGGUCCAACGUUGAAAUUCAGCGGUGGAGUUUUGACGGGAAGUUCUACCUCCGGGGGAAGCAUGGAAACAAAAUUUAUGAAAAGAUUUAAAAGUACUAAUGUUGUUCGUGGUAGUAUUCCUAAAAGGAAAUCGGACAGUAUGUCCGGCAUUGCCAGCCUGGUGAGCGACGGCAACGGGGGAUCAGGAGGUCUAACAUCGUUGAUUUUGCCUUCGCCGAGCGAUGAAACUCCAGCAGGCAGCACUGCCAAUAGCUCGGUCGCGUCUACCCCCACAGCUGAAAUGGAUACGGAUGCAGCUGCUCUGAUGCCAGCACCGGAGGAGUCACCUUAUUUCCCGGAAAAAUACGUCGGAAAAUUAUGCGCUUUGUGUAAUCUCGGUGAACGUAGUCAACUCGGGCAGGGAGAAAUGUUACGGAUAGAAGUUAAAGACGACGUGGAAAUGGCAGUGGCCGCAGUUCUACUGUCGCAAGAGGAUAAAUCUGCGAUGGAAACAUUUGGCGACAAGAGCCCUAAACCUGGUGGAAGCAUUGCUCUUGGCGUCCCCCCGCUGCUGAGUAGUAACAAGAGGCAAAAGGGACUGAACAAGUGCAAAAACCCGGUGGUGACGGCAGAGUAUGUAGAUGAACUGGAGAAGAUCGGUCAUGGCGAUCCCAUAGAGUUUGCUGCAAUUAAUGAUGGUGGUUUCUUCUACAUCCAUCGUUCCUGCGCUAUCUGGUCAUUCGGUGUUGGUAGAGAUACCGUAACCGGAAUAUUGAGCAAUCUAGAAGUGGUGGUCGCUCAAAGCUUAAACAAAAAGUGCUACUUUUGUUCUCGGUACGGAGCUAGUUUAUCAUGCAAGAUGUCCUGCCCGAAGUCGUUUCACUACCCAUGCAUUGCAGCUGCUGGUGGGUUUCAAGUGAUUCAGUCGUACAACUGCUUCUGCAAGGAGCAUCUCGGACAAGUGCCUUUAGUGUGUACGGAGGACAUCAAUUGUCGCCAAUGUUCAGCGCUCGGGGAUGUUGGCAAUCUGAUGAUGUGUUCGAUUUGUGGAGAUCACUACCAUGGAGCGUGUGUAGGAUUGGCUCAGCUACCAGGAGUGCGAGCGGGUUGGCAGUGUUCGUCUUGUAAAAAGUGUCAAAUUUGUCGUGUACCAGAUUCAAGCGAAGGUCGGACAGUUGGUUGCGAACAGUGUGAUAAAAUUUACCAUGCAAGCUGUUUGCGGCCAGUGAUGACGUCGAUUCCCAAAUACGGCUGGAAGUGUCGCUGUUGUAGGGUUUGCUCGGACUGUGGUUCGCGGACACCGGGAGCAGGAACGUCAUCUCGGUGGCAUGCUCACUAUACGGUGUGUGAUUCUUGCUAUCAGCAGAGAAAUAAAGGAUUUUCCUGUCCAAUCUGUCAUCGAGCUUACCGAGCCGCAGCCCAUCGUGAGAUGGUGAAAUGCAGUGGUUGUAAUAAAUUUGUGCAUAGUACUUGUGAUCCGGAAGCUGAUUUGGCUGUUUAUCACGUUAAGAAGGAGAAUAAUGCAGAGUAUGAGUAUCUUUGCAAUCCGUGUAAAUCGGCUAUUCAUACGGGUCGGAUAGCCGCUAUGCGGCGGAACAGCAGUAUUGACGAAGAAAGUAUGACCGCAUCGCAAGAAAGCUUAAAUGACGACCCCAUGGAUGUGGAUCUAGAACCUCGGGAAAGAAACUUAUCCUGCGAUAUAGGUCUCGGUAAAGGGAAACCUUUUGUUGCUAGUAAAAUUGCUAAAAAAAGAUUAGGGUUCUCUUUUUCCGGUGGUAGUCGUCCAAAAGGUGGAAAAGGUUUUCAGAAAAGAUCACGUUUAGCCGAUUUUAGUAGGAAACGUGGACCGAAAGCGAAAAUGCGAGGAAUUUUCGGCGUUCCCGGGUUGGGUUUACAACGACCCACGGCAGAUUUUUCUGCAUCUAAAGUGACAGAAGAUGAACCUGGAGGCGACAAUCGUCUAGUCCUAUGUUCAGCGAAAGACAAGUUCGUUCUUACUCAGGACAUUUGUGUUAUGUGUGGGGCCAUUGGAACUGAUCAAGAAGGUUGUUUGAUUGCAUGUACCCAGUGCGGUCAGUGUUAUCAUCCGUAUUGUACCAACGUAAAAGUGACAAAAGUGAUACUGCAAAAAGGAUGGCGUUGCUUAGAUUGUACAAUUUGCGAAGGAUGCGGACAACGCAAUGAUGAAGCUCGGCUUAUUCUUUGUGAUGAUUGUGACAUUUCUUAUCAUAUAUACUGUAUGAAACCACCUUUGGAACAUGUUCCACAAGGAAACUGGAAGUGCAAGUGGUGUGCCAUAUGUUUGAAGUGUGGCUCGAAUGAUCCUGGUUAUAACUGCAGCUGGUUGAAUAGUUACACCGAGUGUGGUCCAUGUGCUAGCCAGGUAAAAUGUCCAUGCUGUGGUGAAGGAUACACUGAAGGGGAGCUUAUUAUUCAGUGUCAUCAAUGUGAACGAUGGUUGCAUUGUGCUUGUGAUCAAAUCAAGUCCGAAAACGAUGCGGAACGUUGCGCUGAAGAUGGUUACAACUGUCUCCUGUGUCGGCCUUUUGAUCAACCGCCACCUCAUUUGAUUCCAAAAAAGAAAAUUAUUCAAACACCUGUAUCAACACCGAGAUCCACUCCCAAGCCAGAGGAGAAAAUAAUUCCUCUUGCUCUAGAAGGAAAUCAUUACGUCGAUGGAGUAUGUCUGAGCGAGCAUGGAUUACACCAGAUCAAGGCAUUGCAAGCCGAGUUUGGCAAACGAGGAAAACGAAAACCAAAGCUUCAACUGGAACCUCCAUCGACAGACAAAGAUGCUGGAAUAUUGGCCGCCAUCGAGUCUGUAGUGGCCGGAAGCAGUUUGGAUAACUCGUUUGACGAUGUUAAACUGGAGCCUCUUGAUCCUAAAGAGGAGGCUGAAAUUUACAAAGACGGCAUGGUGUGGAACGAUCCAACGCCACCUGAAGGAUUUGCCCUUUUCACUAACGAACUGGGCAUUAUAGUGCUUCGAAAGAAACGUCAGAGGAAUCUCCAGAAGCUUGGUAUUGGAGGUUUUUUCGUGCGAAAUCGCGCCGUUCGUACCAAAGAUGGCAAGGAAGAUGAAGACGGACCUGCGGAUGGUGUUGUGUCGCAAUUAGAAGAAGGAACACCGGAAGUAAAACCGAAGAAAAAACCAAUUCGGCGAAAACAAAAAAAUAAGUUGAUAGAAAUUUAUCCAACUAUUUUGCAGGAUGCAUUUUUCGGUAGAUCUUUGUUGAAUUCUAAUAGCACUGUAAAAUUUGAACCUCAUGAAAGCGAUGACGAUGUUAAGAGUGAUGUAUCGGACGAUAAAACCAUUAAACUGAAUGCCGAUGAACUGAGGUAUGUUCAGGAAAUGAAAAUCAAACAGGAAGAAAAAUUACUACAGGAGCAAAAGGCUCUGCAGCAAAGCAUGGAACAAGCUCAGACAUUGGCGGUGAAGUCUUCUCAUGGAACACCAGGGCCUUCAGCUGGUGGUAUGUUAGUCGAUGACGGAGCCGGGGCAAUUAAAACCGAAGACGAUGAUAACAGUGACACAGAAGCCUUGAAAGACGUCCUUGGGUUACCAAAUGAUUUGAUCGAAGAGGAUUUCGUAAAUCGUAUAAUGAAUGACGACGAAGAGCUAACCAAAACGUCGGCAGCAUUUGAUGAUCUAACAGAAGAUGGCGAGCUUGGAGAUGGGCUGACGAAGACUUCUAAAAACGAACUGGCCGAUAUAUUGAGUCCUGAUUUCAACCUCGAUAACUUGGGCAACAUGGACAGUAAAGAGGUGGAGGAAAUUUUUAAGAACGUUUUGACAGAUGAGUCACAGGAAUCUCAAGAGUCUAUGUUCGCCAAUUCAAUGACUCCUUACACAUCGAAUACGUCAACUCCAUCGCAUAGUAUCGAUGCAACCAAAAAAAUUGUCUCACAACGAUACCUAAACACUGCCGCAAUGGGUAUGCAACCUUUGCCACAUGUGCAUCAAUCGCCACAGCCCCCAACACCGACAGGUCAACCGUUGCUGGCUGAUCCGUCUUCACAAGUGAACAUGGGAAUGCAAUCCCCGCAAACUCCGAUGAUGAGUCAGAUUGGCAUGGCAUCUCCUCAUAUUCAACAGUCUCCUCAGCAUCAGUCUAUGGGACCAGGCCUAAUGAUGCAACAGCCAUCACCAAUGCAGCCUGGUACACCUGGAACACCGAUUCAGACACCGACUACCCCUCAGCCACAAUUGCAGCAACAGCAACCACAAGUUCCGAUUCAACCGUUGCAGCCCGCUAUGAUUAUGAAUCCUCAACAGCAGCUUAACCGAGGGUAUUACUCUAAUAAUUUUCUCCCGCAAAGACCACAAUUCAAUGUAUCGGAUCCGAUGCAGCAACAGCCACUAUCGCAACAUAUUGUUACGCAUCAGGUUAUGCCAGGCAUGCUACCGCACCAUCCUCAGCAGCCACCACAACAACAAUCGCCCAUUCACGUACAAACGGGGCCAACACAAUGGUCUCCAGCAGGUCCACCACUUCAAACACCCACUGGAGCAGGAAUAGCCUCUGCUUCACCUGCAAUGCUAUCUGGAACAAACAGCGGAGAUUUAUCGGCAAAUCUGGCGCCGAUCGAUGACAGUAUGGGGACAUUAACGGGCUCUUCUGCUGCACAAAAAAUGUCCGAGCGAAUGCGAUUGGAUGAGCCCCUUGGAGAGUUAGCCACCAUUUCUUCUGUAUUGUACUGUAAUACGCAACAUCCUGAACUCAAAAUCGAUUACCCAAAUUGGACUGACCGAAGUAAACAGAUAUUCAAGCGCUGGCGCUUGUUAUCAACCGAGCAGAAGCAGCCUUAUUUACAACAGGCUAGGGACAACCGAUCUGCCAUAAGGAUGAAAAAAUCUCAACAAGUACCACAAAUGUCACCUAAAGACGGCAAUAGUAAUAGUUCAAGUCAAGUGAAUGUUGUCCCAUCACCUUCCUCAUCAUCAUCAUCACAACCACCAUCAUCCGUCGUCGUUCCGCAGCAGAGCAGCAUUGCUACUGAUUCUUCGGUUCUGAUCAGUGCCGCCGAGCACCCGCAGUUGAUAACGAAUCAGCAGCAACAGCAACAGCAGCUCCAAACGCAGAUGCAACUUCAGCAACAACAGCGCCAGCAGCAACCACCACAGCAAGUCCUCAAACCACAGCAGCUAAUCGAGGUGCAAGGCAAUUCUUUGGACGAUGGAAACGAUAGCUUAGACGAACUAACAGGAGCUUCUAGCUCCAACGUUAUUAGUACCCUUCUUGAUAGUAACACAACACCUUCCUCUUCUAAUGAUACUAACACAAAUGCAUCCACUGACUCUGUUAUUGGUGACGGUAGCAAGCUAACUACUAGUACUGUUGCAACAACCACUAGCACCAAUACUAUCACUACUAACCCACUACGGUCAAACACAAUGAGCGAUAAUGCAACUGCGAAUGUCAUCACGUCUGUUGAAGCUGAGUCUCAGUCCUCAACGUCAUUGAAUGCAGCGAAUAGCAAAGCAAAUCUUCUGGUGGCAGCAAAUAUUGCAAAUACUUUCAUCAAUCUUUCGAAUUUAAACACUGCUCCAGUAUCAAGUGCUCAACCUGAUGUCGGAAUGGGUUUAAAUGUUCAACAGUCGCAACAGCAACCAUCUCCUCCACCACAACAAUCCAUUUCGCAGACUAACGUAAAUGUGGUAGUCAGUCAACCAGUCACUACUCACGUAAUGAAAACGUUCACUAUUGGCAAUAACCGAGCGAGUAUCUUUGUGCCCAACGUCAUAGCGACGAACAUUUCGCCCCAUUAUACGGUACAUCAUCAUCAAUAUGGUUUACGCAGUGGACCAGCACCGAACGUAACGGUGAAUCCAAAUGGAAACUUCAACACGAAUUCUAGUGCAGUGAUCCGACCUGGUUUCACUCAUAUACGACCGUUUCUGCCACAGAGUUCAAACAUAAAUUUUAACAUCAUCGGAAAUAGUUCCGCUAUUCAAUCUCCUAUUUUGGCAGCUUCAUUGCAAACAAUUAACAAAAUAGCUGCUCAACAGCAACAGCAGCAAGCACAGCAUCCUACCAUGCAACAUUCUCACGCGAGAGGUAAUGCGAAUAAAAUUAUAAAUGUUUGUCCUGAUGGGCCACCUAAAAUUCUUCUGGCAGCAGCCCCAAUUCAUUUACAAGCGCAACAACAAAUAAUUGUACCCACAGAACGUCACCAGGAGACUCCAGGCUCUGGUUACAGCCCACAACGUGCACAAACGUUAGGUUCCUCUAGAUCAGCAACACAUUUGUCACCACAUGUAGCGAACAAUGAUCAGCACAUUCGGGUACUGACUCCUUCAGAAAUUAUGCGAACAUUGCCAUCGUUAGAUACCUCGUACGAAGGGCACUCUCAAAAUGAAUCUUUCAGUCAGACGCAAUCUCAGUCUGCACACACAAUCACGUCUAGUACACAUAGCCAAUGCCCGACCAACGUGACUGGUGCAAUUCAUGUAAACAUAGCCAAUAGUAGCAUAACCCCCAAUCCAACUGAAUCUGGUGGCGGUGAAAAUUUUGAAGGCAUUCUUAACAGCAGUUCCAGUGAUAAGAGUCCCGAAAAAAACACUCACGUCGAUGCUGUUGAUAGUAGUGCUACACUUACCACAAACACACUUACACUAACCACCAAUAAUAUCAACAUAUGCAAAAAUGACGAUGCUGUUACUGGUUAUAAUGAGACUAGCAGUUCCUCUUCCAAAACUACCACUACCAUUGCCACCACCUUCGACACAUGUUUACUAGGAGCUAGUACGACUGCAACUUUCACCAGUAGUUCCUCUAGUACUGCUACUACUACUACUGUUAUCACCACUACCACUACUACCACUACUAAUGUUGUUACUACCACUUCUACUACCGCACCAGAAACGGAUCAGGACAAGAUAAGCGCUCAACAAAAGAGCAUGCGUGAAGCGGAACAAGAGCGUCAAUGGAAACAGCUGCAGCAGCAACGCGCUAGGGAACAACAAAGCCAGCAGCAUAUGCUUAUAUCAGACCAGAGAGUUCAAGAUCCCACAAUGCAGCUGCAAGUAUCCACCGAAGGUUCUCCAAUGGGUCCUAUGGCUAGCCCAUCGCCGAACUCACGCACUCAAUUUGUAUCGCCGGUUAAUAAGGGCAGAAUGGUACCGCUUGGCCAGAAUCCGCCCUCUAGUCCGGUAUCAAACUUUUCCCAUCCGGGCAUACCUGGACGUCCGAUGUCGGUUGGCAUGGGGCAGCAGCGUCAACUGCCUGGUCAGACUCGUCUCAAUCAAAGUCCAUUUUCGCCACAAUCACAGCCGCCACAGUCACCUCAUGACAUGUUACCCGGUUCGCCGGCUAGUCAAACUGGCUUAGACUCGUUCAAUAGACCUCCAUCGGAAGGCGUCCCGGAUAGCUACGUACAUCAUUCACCACAGGCUCCCCGAUCAGUUGGUCACCAAAGUCCAAUACAAACACCAAAUCGAAGCCCUGCAUAUUCUGGACAAUCAUCAGUGCCGAAUCCACAGACGGCCAUGCGAAUCAAUCUUGAUACUCCAUACGCCCAAGCACCGGGCACACCUAGGCCGCAGUUUUCAGGCAACCAAACUCGUCCGACGGUAUACACCCGUCCCGGCGAUUUAUUUGGACCGGUUCAAACAUCUCCUUUCUCGUCGCCCCACUCCGACGGAUUUCAUCAACAACCAGCACAAGAAGGCAACCGUCAGCUACGGGAUUUGCUACAGCGUCAGCAAAUACCAACUGGUGGUCAAACACCAGCUAUGGUUCAGAACCAACAAAAUACACUUCAAUCGCCACAGCCAUUGCAAUCGCAGCCCCCGUUCAUGGAUGAGCAACAAUCAGUUGGCCAAUUACAGGCAAUUUCUCAGCAAUCACAAUCACAACAACAACUUCAACCGCAACAGUUAUCUAAUCCUCAAUUACCGACUGCUGCUAAUGAUAACGGUACAUUCCGGCAACCUUUGCCGCCUAAUAUGAUGACCAGACCAAGACUUCAAAUACCUGGUAAUGCGAUUCGAGCUUCUGGUGGUAAUGUGAUAGCUGUACCUGGCGCCGGUCCGAAUGGUGGUGCAGUAAUGGUAAAACAACAAAUAGUUAGAGCUGGUGGUAUGAACCAAAUGCUAAUUACACAGCAGAACGUACUUCAACAACAGCAACUGUUACGACAAAGAAUGCAACUUCCUGUAGGUGUUAACCGUCCUGAUAGCGCUUUCGGAGGGCAAAUGACUUCUGGUGGACAAUUAAUACAACAGCAAAUGGGGAAGCAAGCUGCGUUGACAUCACAGACGGAUCAACAGAACAUAGCGUUAAUUGCACAGCGUCUAGCUGGCGAAGGAGAGGCUCACGCACCAACUUCAUCUACGAGUUCAACAACUAACUCAGCAACCGUUCAAUCUGCAAAUGCCAGUGGACAGAACAGUGGUGCAAAUCAAACACAGUCUGGUGCGGUGGACGGAUCAUCGGAAAUACCAGACAGUGUGUCUGCUGAGUUGGAAAAAUUAGAGCAAGAAGAUAACGCUGGAAUCGGGGAAGUUGAAGGAGUCGGCGAUAUCCUCGGGGGACUAGGCGAUGACGAUGAUGAGUUGUUAGAUUCAUUGACAGCCGAAAUGGGCGCAGAUUUUAACAUUUUGGAGUAUGCGGACCCCGAGCUUGAUACAACUGAUGGAGAGAAAUCAAACAUACUGGAUAGUUUAGAACUUGAAGAACCGGAUGGGGAUAAAUCAGACGAAAAGAAUAAAAUGUCUGGUUCUGGGUCGAAUAAGCCAGAUAAUUCGGAUAGUGCGAUGAAUAUUGAACAUUCCAAAAUGAUUGCUUCCGAUGUAACAACAUUAGUUCAAUCUACUAGCUCGACUACAGUAGGACCUCAGCAGCAAAUUUCUGGCAAACUAAUAUCAUCAGGACAAACAAUACUAUCACAGCAAUCAUCGAUGCAAUCUCUGCAGACUAUGCAACCACAACAGAUGAUGGGACAUCAACAGACUCAGCUGCAACAGCUAAUUGGUGCCCAGCAAAUAGCUUCGCAGCAGCAAAUACCACAACAGCAACUUCAACAGCAGUUGAUGGCUGGCCAGAUGAAAACUGUUCGACCCAACAUGCUAACAUCUGCGCACCUCCAGCAAAUCCAACAGCAGAUGCAGCAACAGGUGCAGCAAGCAGCCGCAAUGGGCAAACCAAUGGCUGUUGGUACUCAGCUCCUGUCGAAAGAAGGUGCAAUUGGUGUAGUCAAUGCAAAUAACACCGUCUCUGUUACGGUACGAACAGGGUUCUUAAACCAAUCACGCCUACAGCAACUGAAGAUGGGUCAUCCAGGUGGUUUGGUGCAACAAAAUCUUGUACAGAGUCAACAACAGCAGACGCGUAUAGUUCACCAAAUCCAGGGUAACCGGAUAAUUCAAACUGUUACGAAUCAGCACCAACCCGGACCGCAGUCGCUUGGAGGAAACGGUCAACCGACAUUACACCCUCAAAUUCAACAACAACCCCCUCAAGCUGGCAGUGCUCCUACUGUUGUGCCUGGACAGUCUCAACCACCACCACCACCUUAUCCGGAACCACCUCCACCAUAUCCUGGCAGUCAGCAGACUCCCAUGCAAGGAUCUCCAGCAGUUAAUCAGAAAAUUUCUGAAGUAACGCCUCCAUCACAGCCGCUGCCGUCGUCAGCACCACAACCUGAUCCUCAACUGCAAUCACAAACUGUGCCCUUGUCAACAUCACUACCACCUAUGCUACCAAUACCAUCAACACAACCACUUCCUUCUUUUCCCUUAACGGGUUCCUUCCAAUGCGGACCAGUGCAGCCAUAUCAGCAGUCUUGCCUUGGAGGUUCUCCUGUCCUAGCCGAUUCUAACCUUCUAGCGGGGCCGCGCAACUAUUCACAUCGCAGUAAUUAUUACUGUAGUGGCGCUACCUCACCAACGUCACUCUCUACCACUCAUGCCCGACGUUCGUUGCUGCUAAAGGAGCAAAGACUGCUGUUGGAAGAUUUACUGGAACAAGAAAAACGAGAGCAGGCCGGUCAGCUGGCAAUCAACGAUGUCACCAAUCACAACACCCUGCAAUCGAAUAUGUUAAGCGAACAGGAUUACGAAACUCUGCUGAAUAAUCAGCAGCAGCAGCAGCCGCAACAACAGCAAGGCAUGCGAGUAGUGCAGCAAAAUUUACUUCCAGGACAAAACCCUGGUCAGCUGCCACCGCAUAUACAACAACCACAACCGGGUCAAAUUCAAUCUCCUACUGGCGGUCAGUAUAUUAUGCAGCAGCAGCGAAUUAAUCCACAAUGGCGUCCUCAGACUCCGGUACCAGGAGGAGCGAUUGCUAAUUUAAUCAAUCCUCUCAAUAAAGCGGCUGGUCCAAUGACUCCGAGCACAAGCGGUACUCAACCUAUACAAGCUGCGGAACCAGUGCAUAAACCUAUUCAAACAUAUCAGGCAAAUCUACAGCCGGCACCGCCUGUUCCACCCGAAAAUAUUACUAACGAUCAGGAGCGCCAGAUUCAGGUCACUUACGAAAAUUGGAUGAAUCAACAAAACACUUCGUUGACUAAUCAACUUAAAUUCUAUGAAACUGAGAUUGGUAAGCUUAGAAAGGUGAAAAAACAGUUGAAUACCAAACAGCGUCAGUUGAAAAAAGUUGGAAACGAGCUUUCCGAGGCCGACAUGAAAGAAUUGACACAAAUAACAUCGGAUCAUGCAAUUGUUCAAAAACAAUUAGAUAAUGCUAGAAAGCAACAAAGACAACACACUCUUCUUAUUCAGGAAUAUAAAACCAAACAGCAAGCGAAGAUUCAGGCCAACUUGGCAUCGGCACCUGGAAGUUCUCCAGCACAAAUUGCACCUCCUUCGCCAUUGAUGUCCCCAUCGCCAAGCUCACAGCAAAAUAUUAUCCAUCAAGCGCCGGCGCAAUCACCGUUGAAUAACCCAAUUCUUCAACCUAAUCAAAGUCCACUGCAUUCUCCUGGUCCGCUCAUGUCUCAAAGUCCAGGCCCAGCUAGUGUCAAUUCUGUUAUGCAAAGUCCUAGUCAGCAUACAAACUCGAACAGUGCAAUGUCUCCGUACAACACGAUGCAGCAAUCACCACGUAUUGGAACACCGCAUUCGCAAGCCGCCGAUGAUAAUCCGUUCAGUCCGGGCCCCUCCCCGUCGCCAUCAAUACCUGGAAGACUGACUUCACCAGCUCCAAGAAUGACUUCUCCACAACAUCGGGUAUCCGGUCAGCAAAUUGCCCAAGGUCGGAUGGUAACCAGUCCGGGUGGACAAUAUCCACAACAAAAUAUCGUUGUUCAAAAUCAGAUGAUGGGGCAACAACCACAAAAUCGCUUCGUUCGUCCACAGAUUAUACCAAAUGAUCCAAAUGUGCGAAUGCGUAUGACCAAUGCAUUACAACAGCAGCAACAGCAACAGCAACAACAACAUCAAAUAAUGCAACAAAAUCCCAGCAUAAGACCAAUGCAGCCAGGUUACAACUCCCCACUUGGAAGUCCUCAACCGAUCAUGUCACCUGGUACACCCCAGCAGCAGCAGCAGCAACAGCAACAGCAGCAGCAAAAUAUACAAAUGAUACAACAGCAGCAACAACGAAUGCAGCAAAUACAACAGCAGCGUCAGCAAAUGAUGCAACAACAGUUUCAACAGCAACAGCAAAUCAUUCAACAGCAACAACAACAACAGCAAUUGCCGCAGAUGAUGCAGCAACAACAACUAUCUCAGCAGCAUCCUCAGCAACUACAAAUGCAACAACAGUUACAGCAGCAGCAUCAACAACAACAUAUUCAACAGCAGCUUAACCAGAUGCAGCAACAGAGUCAACAACAAAUGAAUUUUGCUAAACAGAGUCCUGUUCAUCAGCAACCACCUUCGCCACUUUUGAGUCAAGGUGGAAGUAACACACCAUCAUCCUCACCUAUGCCGCCGAGUCCCAUGCUAUAUUACCAGCAACAGCAGCAGCAACAGCCACCACCACAACAACCACAGCAGCAACAGCAAACAGCUCAGUCUCAAAUGAUUAGACGUCCUCCAAGUGCGUCCAAUCAAUAUAUGCAACAGGAUUCGAUGGAAUCUUCGUCCGGUGGUCCUGGCAAUAAUAACGGAAAUAAUGGUAGCGGUGGAGGAGGUGGAGGUAACAUUGCAGGAAAUCCAGUUCCUAUGCUACCAUGUUUCGGAAAAUAUGGAUACAUCAAACUUGGUCUUCGUGGAGGUUCCCCUAUGUGGGGUAACGCUAGAAAUCAGAAGGCUCCCAAUCCAAUGGGUCAUCUGCAGCAACAUCAACAACAGCAACAGCCGCAGCAGCAGCCGUAUGUCAGCAAACAAUCCUCUCAGUCUGCUAGCAGCUCUGGAUCCAUGGCGGGAGCGCAGCAGGUUGAUGCCGCCAAAAAAGCUGUUGCAGCGAUGAUGCGAAACCGACUAACUAUUGUCCAAAAGUCUGGACAACCAGCAACCAGGGAAAGUUCCGUAGAUGAUAUCGUCGUUAUUGAUAGCAGUCCUGAUGAGAAACAAAGAGUGCUCGAUUAUGAUGAUGAGAAUGAUAAGAGACUUGUUGCAAAGGAAGUUUCGCUAAGCUCGGUUGCUCAACCAGCUGCUGAGGGAGAUGACAUCAUGGAGUCAUUUAGUCACUCGGGUUAUGAGAUUGGUGCAAGUCCACUUGGUGCACAAAUUGUAAGCAGUGAUUAUGAUUUGUUUGUGCAAGAUGUUGUAGUUGACUGCGUUGACAAUGGAAAAGAUAGUGACAAGAGUGACUUAAACAAAACAGCCAUCAUGAAGGACGGUGAGCACUCAGGUGUUCGAUUCGUAUCAGUCGAGAGUAGUGAGAAGGGACAAAAUAAUGAACGAAAUAUUGCCACCACAGAAGAUUUCGAGGCUAUGAUUGAUAGUCGUCCUAAAGAUUCAGAUACAAAAUCUGAUGAGGAAGGUAAAGAGCCAAUUGGGAAUGAUAAUGCGAAAAUAGGAAUGAAGACUCCUUCUAAGGAUACCAGUGUUAUUUCAGUAGGUCUUCAGCAAAGCCCAAAGCCUAUAACCUAUCCUGGACGCAUUUCUAUUCAACAGACAUUACUACAAAACCGACCACCAAUUGUUACAACUGUGUCAGCAGCACACAAGAAACUUGUAAAAGAUGCUACAGAGACAACAGCUAAAUUAUCUAUUGGGAACACUACCAUUUCUGUACCGAUACUGAAAAGUUUUCCGAUGACCGCCACCCCACCGAAAACGCCGGCAGAAGGCUCCUCUAACCAACAAAAGCAGAGUCAAUCUAAAAAGAUUGUUAAUUCAACAGCAAUCUCCUUGUCCAAUAUCUCAAAAAAUCAACCAUCUGGUACAGUGAUUUCCGUAGCUGGCCAGAAAAUUAACACCACUAGCAUUGUGACUCUAUCGUCCUUAAAUCUGCCGCAGUCCUCCGCCUUCAUUACAAAAACUUUUCCGAGAACGCCGAACAAUCUGCAACCACAUCAACAACAGCAUCACAGCCAGGGACCACAUACAUCGCAACUUAAAAUGCAACAAAUAACAACACAGGGAUCAUCCAGUCAAAUUGAUAAUGUAAUUGCGAAAUCUAAACCAAAAGCUCCAUCACCGAGCUUAAGUUAUGCAAAGCUAUCCUCGCUGACAGUUACCCAAGACACCUCAUUGCCGACAAAAAUAUUUGAAGAUGACUCUAUUUCUCCGGAUAGUUCCAUUGGUCAAGAAGAUGUGGAACAACUAUCGGGGAUUGAUAAGGUUGACGCAGGAUGUGUCGAUGACGCAUCGAGAGCAGAAACUACGGUAUCAGAGGUGGAACCCCCUAUGGCGUCCCAAGAAGGCUCGAACGAUUCUCACUCCGGAGAGACUAAAAAACAUAGCGUAAUUCCGGUUCACGUUAUAUCCAAAUCACGUGAGAAUUCUAAGAGUCCAAUUUUGGGACUAGCAGGACAACGACUGGUUUCAGCCAUGCCCCAAUUAUCUCCAUUGUCUCAACCGAACGAACUCACUAUAAAUGCAAUGAACGUGUCGCAACAAGUACGCUCUAUUAUGUCGUCGAUCAAUUCAACUACGGUUACAUCAUCGGUUGGACAACUCAAAUCUGAGCCUAGUGGAACUGUUAUUUCAACGGCGCCAUCAACUGGUGCUAACACAAUUUCUACCAUCACUUUCGAUACCGUGAUUCCACCUAAGGGAGAUAACAUGAGCAAACCAGAAACUAUCGCAAGCAUAUUGAAAACCGUUUCGGGGAAAACAAUUCUCCCAGCGGCUGCUGUGGCCAAUGCGUCAAAUGCCAGUAAAUCAGAGCCAGGAGCAAUUACAGCAUCAAUUUCAUCUAUGCCUGGCACAAAGCUACUCAAUCAACAGUUGCAAAUUGGACGAAUUUCGCCUGCUGUAUCUUCUAGUGGUAGUAACAUUCUAGUCGUUAAACAGGUACGUGCGUCUAUGCAAAAACACAUAAACCAAACACAAGCGCAGAAGCACCAACAUCAGCAGCAAUUAGUUGUGCUGGCUCAACAGCAACAGCCUCAGCAUCAACAACAUCAGCAACAGUUACAGCAACAGCAACAACAGCAGCAAUUGAAAAUGCAACAACAAAAUCAGCAAUUCCAACUACAGCAACAGCAACAUCAACAAAUGCAGCAUCAGUCGAUUCAACAAGGAGGUGUCAUAAUUCAAAGUCAAACGCGCAUUCCAUCAUCGGAAGUACCAAAAAGUAGUGUGGAUAGCAGUAGCACUAGCAGUAUAGCAAGUAUUCUAAGUAGUACUCUGCAGCAACCUCAAACUAGGAUAGUUAAUUUUAGUGAGGUUUCAACUAUAACGAAUCAACCACCAGGAUUGAUCAUGACUUCCCGCCCGGGUGUAAUUUCAAGUGCUGGCCCAAGCACUCAACUGAUUAGCGGCACCUCUUCAAUAAUGUCAACUACAACAACCAGCAUUUUGAGCGCAACACUCUCUCAACCAAUGAAAACAAACACCACAACAAUGUCUACUUUGUUGCAGAAUCAGCUCCAAAGUCCAUCAUUUCGUCGUUCAAAAUCAACUGAUGAAGUCCCUGUCGGAUUCCCGCGAGAGACAAUUACUCAGGCGGUUGGUAAACGUUUAAGUCUUGAAGCUUCUAGUGUGGUUAAAAGCGAACCAGUAGACAGUGCAGAAGAUAGUAACAUUUCAUCCACUUGUUCCGUCAGCUCAUCUACCAGUCAGAUGGGAGGAGGGUGCAAAUUUUCUACAAUGACCACUCCAUCAGGAGCAAAGUCGGAAUCGGACAGUCAAAAUGUUUUGCUUAAGCAACUUCUUCAGAACACUGGAUCCACUUCAACGCCUUCACCAACGCCACCGCAGAUGUCUCGUCCAGUUCCCAGCUUGAUGACAAACCAAAGGGCCCCUAGCCUUGGCGUAGUUAGUUCGUUAGAAGCUCAAUUGGCGCGACCGGUAAUUCCACCUUCAGCAAAUCCUCCUGCUAUUCAAAUAAUCAGCACGCAGGCAGUUACCAUCACGACUACCAGUGGUGCAACGAUUACUCCUGAGUCUCACCAGAAAACAACCACAAGCAAUAAGUUGGUAUCAAGAGAAACGUCGUUCGUUUCUAAACCAUCGCCUGUGUCGAUAUCGGCCAGUCAUCCAACUCCAAAUCUUGCUGCAAAUAUGCUGGCUGCUAGUAUAAAAAAAGAGGAAAUGAUGCAAGCGGCUGCUGCCUCUGCUGCAGCCGCGGCGUGCUCUAUCAGUCAACAAAUUACAGUGCAGAGUACGGUCAAAACCGAAUGUGGUCAAAUGACGGUUACUCAAAUUACGCAACCUUUGCAACAACAGAUACAUCAACCGCAACAACCUCCACUACCGUCGACUGAAGUAGGUAGUGUGACUUUUAUUAAAAGAGAACCCACACCAGUUCAGGCUUCGGUUAUGAGACCUUCUGAACAACAACAACAACAACAAUUUCAACCACCGCCACCUCAAAUGCCAAAACCUGGUACUCCUUUGGAGGUAAAGAAAGAGCUUACAGAAGAGUUAACAACUGCUCCGUCUCCAGUAUUCACAUCCCCUGUUUCGACCCCAACUGAUUCUAUAAAACGUGAACCUCAACUAACUCCGAAUAAACAGGAAAUAACGGAACCAGCGGCGGAAGUUGUAGCGAAAACAGCAGCUGAAAUUGCACAUGAGUUGAAAAAGAAAAAGCGACGAGAGUAUCAGAAAAAUCGUCGUCAAAUGCAGAUCCUUUCUAACAAAGAGCAACACCAAGCGAAAAAGAAACCGAGAAAGUCGGCCAAAUUCGAAGAAGACUAUGAUACGUAUAUCGAUCAGCUGAUGCUUCAACUUCGACAGCUUCCUCCGAUGCAAAUUCUUGAACCUCUUUUACCACGCAACUACGGAGUUUGUCAAUUGUUCGGUACUGGUGAACUGAGCAAGUUUACUAAUGUUAAGGACUAUUCUAUUGCAACGGGUGACCUGUUCGGUUCAUUCGGGAACGCGCAAAUUCCCAAUGUGGCCGAUUUUUAUAAUACUAAACCUUUCGGAAUGAAAGAACCUCCACCGGAACCUGUACCUGUUUCAACCCAGAGAGGUUUCUAUGACCAAGAGUUUCCACCAAUCAAAUUCGAAACAGAUGAACGCUAUCGGUAUGACUUUGUCAAGGACCGUGAUUUGGAUUCGCCGGAUACAAUCGUUAGCACUUCCAGUCCGGAAAAUGUUCGCUGGGAUUCACCUAUCCAUUUCCCUGGUCUACGUGUCAUAAAAGAAGAAAGUAGCGAAGAUGAGCAAACAACGGUUUACAAGAGAAUGUCGCCAAUGAUUCCAAUUGUGGCACCUAUUCCGAUUCGACUCAAGAAAGGAAUCUCGCUUAGUGCUGACAGGUCCGUUAGCUGCGUACUUCCUGGUAGUAAUAAAGAAAACGAAGGUACGAAGGAACCUUUGGGAAUUAAAUCCAGAUUCGGACCACCGACACCUCUGAAGGAUUCUAGCAAUGUUACAGUAACAUUAACUUUAACAUCUUCUGCUGCAGAGGACAUUAUUGGUGUGCUACGAGACCUAGCCAACAUUCUAGAAAUUCCACCACCUAUGGCAUAUAAAAUCGUAGAGCGUACUACUACUCCCCCUAGUCAAAAGCUUGGGUUGUAUAGGACGAAAGGACGCGAUGGGAAAGAAGGUGCUCCGAUUGAUAUUCAAACUAUUUUAAAUGGGGCUGCCAAAUUUUGUCGGCAUUGUGAUGUAGUUAUACUAAACACAUUAAUCACUGCAAAACCGUCGGAAUUUCCUUUGCUAACCAAUAACAGCAAUCAGGAGUUGGAAUCCGAAGAACUCUAUUUCUGCGGUAAAGUGUGUUAUCGUCAGUUUCAAUGGCGACCUACAAAUAUUCUCGAGGAUAAACUUCUUGGUAGUGAAGCAAGUAAGCUUCGUGAAAGCCUUUCUUUGAAGUUUGAUCUCGAUAUGGAUGACAACCUCAGCAUUAACAAUACAGAUGUUAAACAAGAAAUGAUGGAUGAUGCUGAUGUAAGCAUGGCUAGCUUCAAAUCCGUCGACAGUCGGGAUUCGUUAAUAAAUGAGCGAAAAAAGAAGUUCGAUGAAGCGGAUAAAGAAAUAGGUCCGCCGUUGAAGCAGUUUAGAGGUGUCAAGUAUAAAUUCUUUGCAUCAAAUUGCUUUAUUAUUCAUCGUUAUAAAAAAGCAACAGAAAAGGAAAUUACUGAGAUGCUGUUUCGAAUGAACAUCACUGUAACACCGACUCCGAGAAUGCCUGAUGACACACGUCGCUGUAUUUUCUGUCAUACCAUUGGCGAUGGGGUGGCAGAUGGCCCGUCGCGAUUGCUGAAUUAUGACGUAGAUAAAUGGGUCCAUUUGAAUUGCGCUCUCUGGUCGGAUGGGGUAUACGAAACGAUCAACGGUGCUUUAAUGAACCUAGAGAAUGCUCUACAGCAAAGCCUUAGCUCUGUAUGUGCCUUCUGCAAUAACCUGGGCGCAACAAUCAAGUGUUUCAAGACCCGAUGCGCUAAUGUGUACCAUCUCAGUUGCGCUAUGAAGGAUAAUUGUGUUUUUUACAAGAAUAAAACAACGAUGUGUCAGUCACAUGCAUCGAAAACAGAAAAAGAUUCCGAAUUGACGACACUUAGCGUUCAGCGGCGGGUGUACGUUGAUAGAGAUGAGAGUCGACAGGUGGCUUCUGUGAUGCAUCAUUCCGAAUCCAACAAUCUCUUACGGGUUGGAAGUUUGAUCUUUUUAAACGUGGGCCAAUUAUUACCUCACCAGCUGCAGAACUUCCAUACGCCAAACUAUAUAUAUCCAAUUGGAUACAAAAUCAUGCGAUUCUACUGGUCCAUGCGACGACCCAAUAAACGCUGUCGCUAUGUAUGUUCCAUAGCGGACGUUUGUGGCAGACCCGAGUUUCGAGUGCUGGUUCAAGAACCUGCAGAAGAAGAUAUCGAACUGAGGGAUAAUACUCCCAAGGCCGUUUGGCAACGGAUUUUGGAACCAAUGGCUGUCCUUCGGAAGGAAAACCACAUUGUUCAGCUAUUCCCAAAGUAUGUUUCCGGAGAAGACUUAUUCGGUCUGACCGAACCAGCUGUGGUGCGAAUUUUGGAAAGUUUGCCAGGCAUUGAGACGCUAACUGACUAUCGUUUUAAGUACGGUAGAAAUCCUUUGCUGGAACUUCCGUUGGCGAUCAAUCCUUCCGGAGCAGCUCGAACAGAACCUAAACUGAAACAUACACUUACCUGGAAGAAACCUCAUACCCAGCGGACUGGAUCUGUCAGUCAGCGUCCAGCAUUCGUUCCGACUAGUUCUCCUGCCGGAGAAGUAGCCUGUCCGUACAGCAAACAAUUUGUACAUUCCAAAAGUUCGCAAUACAAAAAAAUGAAGCUCGAGUGGCGUAAUAAUGUAUUCCUAGCACGUUCGAAGAUUCAAGGUUUGGGAUUGUAUGCUGCUCGAGACUUAGAAAAGCAUACUAUGGUGAUUGAGUAUAUCGGGGAAGUCAUUCGUACAGAAGUUUCAGAGCUUCGGGAAAAGCAGUAUGAAGCGAGGAAUCGCGGUAUCUACAUGUUCCGACUGGACGAGGAACGCGUAGUUGAUGCGACACUUUCUGGUGGAUUGGCUCGUUACAUCAAUCACUCGUGCAAUCCGAACUGCGUAACGGAAAUCGUCGAAGUCGAAAGAGAGCUCCGCAUCAUCAUCUUUGCUAAACGACGCAUCAACCGUGGCGAAGAACUGUCAUAUGACUACAAGUUUGAUAUUGAAGAUGACGCGCAUAAGAUUUCCUGUAUGUGCGGUGCUCCCAACUGCAAGAAAUGGAUGAAUUAGGUCUCGGACAAAUGAUACAUAUUGUGUACUAUAUUUUUUAAAUUUUCACAGUGUAUUUAAUAGUUGCAGAUUUAUUUAGUUGUAUCGCUGUUAAAUAUUCUUAUUCGUUUAGAUUAAUCAACGUAGUUUUAAGUAAAAAGUCACAGCUAUGAUAUGACAAGACAAGUUGUUUAUUUGCAAGCAAGAAAAUGAGCUAGUCUUAAGUGGAAUUAUGUUGGAGCAAUGUUCUUUGUACGCAAUAGUGCGAGAAGUAUGAAGAAUUUAUUCAUUUCUAUUGUGUCGGUUACCGAGUAGCAAUUUUUCGUUCGUUCUCUUCAGUAAAAACAGUAGCAAAAAUGUCUGUCACAAGAAAAUGCUUUAGCUAGAAGCACCUAAGUAAGCAGUCUUAGAAGGGCGAUACAUCUAAUUAGUGGAUUAAUAGAAAACGUAGACAAGCAUAGUGAAACUUCGGUAGAUAGGCGUAGUAUAUUUUAAAUUUGAAGUAAAUACACGGAUAAAAUCUGGGAUUAAGCUAUGACAACUAUUAGAAAGUAUACUUAGGGGCUACAAAAGUACUUGGAACAAUAAACAAACGAGCAGAGGGAGAAAAACAAACACUGAAUCACAAUGGAAAUAUGUCUAUAUUUUCAGACAAAUAUUUUGCAAUAUAUAUAUAUAUUUUGUAUACUAUGAAGAAGGUUGUUGGUAAACAGGUGGGAGCAAGAUAUUCGCGAUAUUGAUUGAUUUCUUCGGACUUCUAAGGAGAAGUAUCCAACCAGGUAGCAAGUAGAAGUAGGUGCGCAAUUGUGGUCCGAGCAAUCACAAGUGUAUUUGUAUUCCACCAGGUUUUGUAAAUAAGCUUUAAUGCACGCGAUAUUAAACUGAAUAGUUCAAGCAUU